ACUGGUAUUUCUUUAUUUUUCUAUAUAGCUGUUCAAUGUAUUUUGAAAUGAUUAAUUUCCAUAUCGUUAAUAGCCUAACAAACGAUCGUGAUAACUUUUUCCAUUAGUCUGAGAAUUCUAUUAGUUGAUACAGCGUACCCUUUUCACGUAUGCGAUCCUUUUAUAUUCUCUUGCUACUGCAGUCAUCUCGUUCGUAUGCAAAACUUAUGUAGAAAAUAGCACAAUAUUUUAAUUACACUAUCAUCAAAUUUUAACAUGCGUAAUUUUCUCACAAAUAUUAUAUAUAACACAUUACAAUUUCUAUUAUUGUAUCUGAUCCCGUCAUAACAUUUCGUUGAGUUCUUUGCAACUAUCACAGCAAAGGUUAUCCCCACGACGAUUGAAAAAUUUAUUCGUAUAAGAAAAUACGACAUUGAUACGUAUUAAACUAUAACUUUUUACUGGCGAGGGGCAAUCACUCCGUACAGACGAAGUCCAUACGUGUAAUUUCAAUCAAUUUUCCAUUGGGUUAUAAGAAUUUCAGAUUGCACAUCGCAAUCCCUUCACGUACAGUAAUCGUCUCAAUAACAGCAAUUUAUUUCUAUGUUCGCCUGGAUUUAUUAUUUUAUGCACGCAAGCGCGCGAAAGGUUUUGGAACGAACACCGUUUACCCUUGCGUCAUGUCUAGUCAUGUACGGGACAUUCAUCCGACUAAAAAAUGUCACGGUUAGGAGACAAGGAGGAAAACCUCAAGCAUUUUGUAAAAUUCAUCUAUCCACCAAUGAAGUUGAUCGGUGCCUGGCCAAAACCCACCGCCACUUCUACGUUUUCAAAGGCUAUAAAAUGGGCUUUAAUUGUCUCCGCUUACUUCCUACAACUGUUGGUCUUUGUACCAGGUGUACUGUAUCUAUUUCUGAAAGAGAAGAAUGGCAAAAAGCGGAUUCAUAUUAUGAUACCACACAUAAAUGGCUUUAGCCAACUGUGCAAGUAUACCAUCCUAUUGCGACGAACAAACGAGUUUAGCAAAAUAUUGGAUCAAUUGAGCGACGAUUGGGUGGACGCCACAGAAGAUAGUCGUCAUAUCUUCCGUAUGAGAGCGAAUAUUGGACAUAGGAUGGUGUUGACAGUGGCAAUUACCAUGUACACUACAGGUCUCUUUUAUCGUAUAAUUAUACCACUCUCGAGGGGUAGAAUCGUCCUACCGAAUAACACGACUAUGAGGGUACUACCGUGUCCAGUUUACUUCGUCUUCUUCAAUGAACAAUCUACUCCUUAUUACGAGAUAAUUUUUGUUCUGCAAAUUAUGGGUGGAUUUCUCAACUAUACGAUUCUGUGUAGUACGAUGGGUGUGUGCUUGAUGCUCUGCUUGCACUUAAGCAGUUUGUUGAGGAUUCUGAUGAACAAAAUGAUCGAGCUUACGAGUCAGUUAGAUACAAGCGAAACAGCUGUGCAGAAGAAGAUAUCGGAUAUUGUUGCCUAUCAAACGAAAGUCAAAGGAUUUGCGAAUAGCGUGGAAGAGAUCACACCGUACCUUUACUUUUUCGAGAUAUUUAAUUAUGCUAUAGAAGCGUGCAUAGUGGGAUACUGUAUUAUCGUGGAAUGGGAAGAAAGCAAUGCUGCGUCUAUAAUCGUGUACCUUAUGUUUCAAGGAAUUUGCAUAUUUUGCAACUACGCGAUGUGCUACAUUGGUCAACUUCUUAUCAACGAAAGCGAAAAUGUCAGGCUGAUGUCUAUCACGUUGAACUGGUAUCGAUUUCCUAUGAAGAAAGCACGCAGUUUGAUAUUAAUCAUUAUUAUGUCGAAUUAUCCGAUAAAACUCACAGCUGGAAAGAUCGUAGACAUAUCAUUAGCCACUUUUACUGAUAUCAUAAAGGCGUCGGUGGGAUACUUGAACGUGUUACGGAAAGUCACAUAA